AUGACGGCGGUACCUUCGAAUGGCGGCUCGCUGGCUGCAACGGGGGCUGGCGAUGUCGCGCAGAUCUCGGUCGGGCAGAGGAUGAUGUCUGCGACUUGGGGGAGCAUCCUUACGUCCCUUCUAGUAACUCCUCUUGACGUCGUGCGAGUCCGUCUACAGUCACAGACAGCCCCUAUCAACAACACUUCUAAAUUCACUGCACACACCACACACGCAUUCAAAGAGCUGCCAGCAGAUCUCGGGGUAACGGCAUGCUGUCGUGAAGUAUUCUGGGUUGGAAACACACCCGAGAUGUGCCUCGUCGGAAACGGCGCUGUCACGCGAACUUCAUCUUCAGUUAUUGACUGUGCGGUCGAGGAAACCCGACAGCGGAACUUCAACUCCACAUUUGACGCAUUACGAAAAAUCGCCCGGAAUGAAGGCGUCUGGACGCUUUGGCGGGGUCUCAGCCCAACACUUCUCAUGGCUAUACCAGGAAACGUGAUUUAUCUAUCGGGAUAUGAAUGGCUGCGGGGGGAUCCUCGUAGUCCUCUCCCGCGCGUUUUUGGCGAAAACUACGCGCCGCUAGUUGCCGGUAGUAUUGCCAGAAUUGCAGCGGCCUCUGCAAUCAGUCCAGUUGAGAUGUUCCGCACUCGACUCCAGGCAACACCAGGCACCGGAACAGGCCACUUCCGCGCUACGCUGGAGAGCCUCCACCAGAUGACGGCUUUACACGGAUACAGUUCCUUAUGGCGCGGUUUCACACUGACCAUGUGGCGCGACGUCCCCUUCUCAGGCCUAUAUUGGUGGGGAUACGAAGCUAUGCGGAACGUACUCACAGACGUGCGAGAGAUGGGAAGCCAUGCGCGCGUGGAACGACGAAGCCGGCGCUCCUCCCAAUCCCAUCAGAGCUCUACCACCACUUUCAUUGACAGUUUCAUCGCAGGCUCUGUGUCCGGCGCGGCGGCGGCGCUGGUGACCACCCCGUUUGACGUGGGCAAGACUCGACAGCAAGUCUUCCGACAUAGCGCCGACGAGAUUGCCAUACCUGCAGCCGCCAAAUCAGCAACAAUACCUGAGCUGCGACCGGAACAGCUCUCCAUGCCACGAUUUCUGUUGCACAUUUUCCGGCAUGAAGGGCCGGCAGGGUUGUUCAAGGGCUGGGUAGCGCGGUGCAUGAAGGUUGCGCCGGGCUGCGCGAUCAUGAUUUCCAGUUAUGAGAUUGGAAAGAAGAUGGCGCAGGGAGUGAAUAGUCGGAAAAUUGCCGAGGGAGACCGGAUAUAA